AUUUGUCUACGUCGCCUUGUCAGUUGAUCGUUUUUUUUUUCAAGAUAUAAAACAAAUCAAUUUUCUAGACAUAUAAAAUGGAUAUUUUUACGUCUAUCCCAACCCAUAUAGAUUAUGUUGGACAAGCGAAGGCAGAAAAACUGUAUAGAGCUAUUAUAACAUUAUUCAGCAUCGUCGGAUUCAUUUGGGGUUAUAUUGUUCAACAAUUCUCUCAAUCUGUGUACAUUUUGGGAGCAGGAUUUAUACUAGCUGCGAUUUUAACUUUACCACCGUGGCCGAUGUACCGCAGAAAUCCGCUGAAUUGGCAAAAUCCUAGGAAUACUGAUGAAAAAUCAUCUGGUAAGAAAGGAAAAAAAUGAACGAGCAUUUAUAUGACGUGUCGUUGUUAUUGAUCUUAUUUGUAAUAAAUAAAUAGCUUUUAA